UUGUGCAAAAGUAUAUUCUAGAAGACAGAACAUAUUUUACAGUCAUUAAUUUUAAAUGAUGUGGCAUUUUCUGCUAGAUGUAACAUGAAUAGAAAUAAAAUUAACUAUUUAUUUAAUGUUAGAUGCACGUAAUAUUUACCAUUUUAUGGAAUAAAGAUAUGUGAGAUUUUACUCCAGCUCCCGUUACAUGUAACGACAUUUUUGCAAAUAUAAUACGUCGUUAAUACGCGACGCCCGAUUCAUUAUUUGUGUUUACGUGUUUUACAUCUGUACUUACCCAAUUAUUAGUGGGCAUGGAAGGUCUGCUACUAUGAUUCUGAUAAGAUGUAUAGCAAGACUAACAUUACUCUCCCGCUACAAAGAGAAUAUAGUCCAGAACCCUCCUGUAGUUCCUCUGAAAAGAAGUGAAAUAAACAAUCCAGUUUAUGAAGCCCCUCCUGAAGGAUUUGCCCUGAAGUCUGGGCGAGUCAUUCGUACAGUAGAUGCAGCUACCCCACUCAUGUACAGAACAUGGAAGCCUCCUGUGCUACAAAACAGAGAAAGAAAACUGGAUGCAGUUCUCAAAUUCCUCACAGUUUGCAGGAGAGGUAAUCUACAUAACAAAAACCUUUGGGGCUCAUCUGGCUGCAUUGUAUCGCUAUGGUCCACAGAAGCUGGAAACCCUGGCUGUUAGCAUUCACCAUGGAUAUUCUGAGGUCAGUCAGACAGGUAUCAG